GGCCGGUGACGUAACCCAACGGCGGAAGUUUGGGUUUGUCCGUCGCUCCGCGUCCACUUGAGGCCCCGAACAGGACAAUCGCGACCCCGUGUCCCCCGUUCACUCUCUCCGCCUCUCCCAUCUGACUCCGGGGCCUCGAGUGUGGAUCCGGAUCCGCCUAGAGGCCACGGCGCCGGCCGGCCUCGGCCCAGCGCAGGGAAACCCAGGCCCUCCGUCUGAGGAAGCGGGAGGCCGCGGCGUUGAGAUACUGCGGGCGCUGAAGUGUCGGUUAUGUGAGCGGUCUGGAGUCGGGCGGUAGCCCGAGAGCCGGCGAAGCUCGCGGCUGGAGGUCGUGGAAGCAUUUAAAUUCUGUGUCCUGUAGAUGUUAAUGUUCUGAUGUGUUACUGUGCUCAUCUGCUUUGUAAAUAGCACACACGUUUGGAAACGGGUCCGUUAAAUUUUUAUCUGAGCCUAACCCUGGGCGUUCUGGCCGGUCUUUCUUUGUCUGAGAGCUCAUCCAUCCAGAGCCGCCAAAAUAGCUGGGCCAGGAAAGAAACGACGAAACCCUGAGCCAGAUCCCAUCAGUGACGCAAGCAGUGCUCCUCUGUCAGCCAAGUGGCUGAAAAUGGCCAGUACAGCCGAGAAUGGCAGGAGGAGACUGGGACGGAAUCGGGAGGAGGCCGCAAACAAGAAGAAGCUGAAGGACAAAGUCAAUCAGGAGAACAAAGAUGGGAAAAUUACCACUGACAGUGAACCAAAGAAAGGUUUACCAAGCAAUCAAGAUGCUUUGCACGGUAUAGGUAGUGAUGAUCUGUUUGUUGACUGGAAACAGAAUGCAGAUGAGGUUAUUGUGAAGUUGAAGCCAGGCGAGGGAAACCUAAAGGUUGAUGAGAUUGAUGCAGCUUUCACAGACUCUGACUGCAUCGUUACACUACCAGAUGGACGCCAGUGGAGUUGUCAGUUCCACGAAGAGAUUGAGAGCUCGUGCACUAAGUUGCAGUACAAGGAGAAGGGAAAAUUCCUGCAGCUUGUUAUGCCAAAGAAGAUUCCUCUAUACACAUGGUCAUCACUCAUGAAGAAGAAAAAUAAAGGGCAGGCCACGAUUAUUCCACCAAAGGAUGCUGGGAAAGAGAAGGUUUCACCCAUUGAAAGUUCCGAAGAGGUGAAAUCGGGAAAAUUGUCUGACCUCACGGAAAAAAGAACAAAAUCCGAGCGCGGAAUCAAACGCCCCAUCAAAGUGAAAGCCCCGGGAAAGACAGAAUCGCCGCCUGAGCCUGGGGUAAAACGUACCAUUCAGUGUAAGAAUCUGGAUAACACUCGAGUUAUCCACGAGCCCAUUGCAACGCAGCCUGUCUACGUCAAGUCCAGUGAAGGAACCGACUCUGUCUCCUUUGAAAAGGACGCAAAGUGUGCUGAAAGUCCAAAAACUGCAGCAAAUGAACUUCGUAUAAGUGACUCUGAUGGAGGACUAUUGGAUUCAACAGUUGAAUGUAAGGUGAAGAGGAAUGGCCGGGGUCCUCAGGGAGACUGGCACAUGGAGGAGAAAUGUGAGGCCAAUGCAGGGCUAGUAUCGACUGAGAAAGCUGAGUUGGAAGUGACCGAGAAGGAGAAACUGCUUGCUGAGAGCCAUGAUAUCAACGCUACAUCAGCUCGAUUAUUCUGUGAAAGUGUGGCACAGCCUUCAGGUGUAAAUGUUCCCGUGAAUCCAAUAGUAGGUGACACUGGGACAAAGGCUCAGGAAUCUGUUGGAAACUGUCCUGAGGUUGCUGAUGUAACUGUUGAAAGGACAGUGACAUGGAGUGAUUCUGUAAAUGAGAAUUCUGACACAUCUGUUGGAAGCCAAAUGGACCCUAUCAAACAACUGACUGAAGGGCAGGUCCCAUUAGAAAGGCCUAGUGAGGACACCACAUCGCCGUCUCACUCAUCUAUGGAGAGCACCAACCAGAUGAAGGAAAGUCUUUCUGAGGAAAAAGUUGAAGUGCCAGAUGGUUAUGUGAAUCUGAGCUUUGUCAAGUAUGACUCGUAUGAGAAGGGCACAGAUGCAAUGGUGGUCCAUGUGUACGUGAAGGAGAUCUGCAAAUCCACGUCGAAGGUGCUCUUCCGCGAACAAGACUUUACCCUGAUUUUCCAAACCAGCCACGAGCCAUUUCUGCGUAUCCACCCUGACAGUGGACCAAACACCAUCUUCAAGUGGCAGGUGAAAGUUCGGAACCUGAUUAAUCCAGAGCAGUGUCACUAUACCUUCACGGCAUCACGUAUUGACAUCUGUCUGAAGAAGAGGCGGAACCAGCGGUGGGGAGGGCUCGAAGCCCUAGCAGCACAAGGUGCAGUGGGUGGUGCCAAAGUAGCUGUGCCUGCAGGUCCGCCGUCACUAGACAAAGCUCAGCCUGGGAGCAGCCAGCACACACUUCCUCCCAAGGAGGAGCCACGCUCAAAUGAGAAGGAGAAGAUACGCUCUGAGGAGGCCAGCCUAGACCCGGUGGCAAUCAGGCCAGCGCACGAGAAUGUCCAGGUUAAGCAGGACACGCUGGUAACAUCGCCCAAGCCUACCUGUAUGGUGACUCCAAUGACUCACAGCGUCACUGGGGCUGAACAUACAGAGGAGGAAGAGGAAGAAAAGAAGGUCUGUCUUCCAGGCUUUACAGGAUUGGUCAACUUGGGCAACACUUGCUUCAUGAACAGUGUCAUCCAAUCGUUAUCCAACACGCGGGAGCUUCGUGACUACUUCCACGAUCAAUCCUUUGAGUCUGAAAUAAAUUACAACAACCCUCUGGGAACGGGCGGACGACUGGCCAUUGGUUUUGCAGUGCUUUUGAGGGCUCUGUGGAAAGGAACGCACCAUGCCUACCAGCCGUCUAAGCUGAAGGCUAUUGUGGCCAGUAAAGCCAGCCAGUUCACUGGUUACGCACAGCACGAUGCACAGGAGUUUAUGGCAUUUCUGCUGGAUGGCCUGCAUGAGGACCUUAAUAGGAUACAGAACAAACCGUACACAGAGACAGUGGACUCCGAUGGACGCCCCGAUGAGGUGGUGGCAGAGGAAGCUUGGGAGCGUCACAAGAUGCGAAAUGAUUCCUUCAUUGUGGACCUGUUCCAGGGCCAGUACAAGUCCAAGCUGGUGUGUCCCAUGUGUUUCAAGGUAUCGAUCACAUUUGAUCCGUUCCUCUACUUAUCUGUCCCACUGCCACAGAAGCAGAAGGUGCUGACUGUUUUCUAUUUUGCUAAAGAGCCCCAUAUAAAACCCAUCAAGAUCUUGGUGAGUGUGAGCAAGGAAAAUGCCAGUGCCACGGACAUCUUUGAAGCUGUUGCCCGGAAUAUGAAGGUAAAAGUAGACUCUCUUCGACUAGCUGAGGUUGUGAGAAAUAGAUUCCAGCGGCUAUUUCUGGCAUCUCAGUCCCUGGAUACAGUGUCUCCCAGUGAUACACUCUUCUGCUUCGAGGUGCUGUCUCAAGACCUUACAAAGGAGAGAGUAGUCGAGUUGCAAGUACAACAGAGGUUGUUAAUCCCAAACAUCGCGAUCAACAAGUGUGCUGCCUGCCAGAAGCCACAACAGCCGGAGGAGAAACUGCGUCGUUGCACCAGCUGCUACCGAGUUGCCUACUGCAACCAGACUUGUCAAAUGAAUCAUUGGUCAGAUCACAAAAACCAAUGCAGAGCAGAAAACAUCGGCUUGCCCUUCAUAAUUAGUGUGCAGGAAUCGCGGCUUACCUAUUCCAGGCUGACUCAACUGUUGGAGGGAUAUUCAAGAUAUUCAGUUAAUGUGUUCCAGCCCCCAUUCCAACCUGGUCGAAUCUCACCUGAGCCACCCCUUUCCAAGAUGGACAAUAUGCAGCCCAGCACUGGAAUCAGUCCCGGCUCUGAAACUGGAGAUGGAAAUCUGCCACUGGAAGUUCAGGAACGAGACUUCCGACCCCUCCAACGUACUCACAUCACUAGCUCUAUGUCUGAGCCCCUCCUGGCCUCUGCUUUCUUAAAGGGAACAAGCUGGCCAGGUAGAGAGAGGGAUUCAAUUCACAGCUACGACUCGGGGUUCUCGGAAAUGCAGCCGGAAUCACAGGACCACUUGGGAUGUGAGAAGGAAACCUCUUACGAGAAAGCUCCAAAGCCUGAGGCUGUGAUUCCUGGUUACCAGCAACCGUCUGCAUCAGUACGUUUUCACACACCACAGUUUUACAUCAAACUCAUUGACCCAUCAAACAAAGAGCAGAAAAUGGAAGACAAAGGUGAUGCUCCCUUGGAACUUCCUGAUAAUGUUUCUUUAGCAAUGGUUUGGAAGAACAAUGAGCGGCAGAAAGAGUAUGUGCUGGUGGAAUCCAAAGAACUUGAGUACAUUGAAGAUCCCAAUUCAGCCAAUGAAGCAGCCAAAGCCGGCUACUUCACACUGGAGCAAUGUCUGAAUCUUUUCACUAAACCCGAGGUGCUGGCACCUGAGGAAGCCUGGUACUGUCCCAAAUGUAAACAGCAUAGGGAGGCAUCCAAGCAGUUGAUGUUAUGGUGGCUCCCAAAUGUCCUCAUCAUUCAACUGAAACGCUUUUCCUUUCGCAAUUUCAUCUGGAGAGACAAAAUCAAUGAUAUGGUGGAGUUUCCUGUCAGGAACUUGGACCUGAGUAAGUUCUGCAUUGGUCAGAAGGAUGACCGACAGCCUCCUGUCUACGAUCUGUAUGCAGUAAUCAAUCACUAUGGUGGAAUGAUUGGGGGUCAUUACACUGCCUAUGCACGCCUACCUAAUGACAAGAACAGUCAGCGGAGUGAUGUGGGUUGGCGCCUCUUUGACGACAGCACUGUCACAACGGUUGAUGAAAGCCAAGUGGUAGCUCGGCAUGCCUACGUGCUGUUCUAUCGCCGCCGCAAUUCUCCCGUAGUGAGGCCUUCACGGACAAGAGCUGCUACUCGGGGAGCAGAGUGCCCAGCAGAGACGGAUGGAACAGCCUCCCAGGCUUCUAGUCAGGCAGUGCGGGGGGCAGGUCUGGACCCCGAAGACUCUCCCCAGCUGACUGCAGACACGGUGUCUGACUUGUUCACACAUCCAGCCGAGCACUGCACCCCGGCCUAUGGAAACGUGGAGGAAGUAGACUGAUCAUGGGGACUGUGUAUAAAACUGCAUGUCGCAGCAAGAGACCUGGCACUUUGGACAAAAAAAAUACAAUCCCUCAAUUCAUAAAACUAAUUUAUUUCCCUUUUUCCUCCCUCAACCUCAACUCCGUGUACCUUCCCCAUGCCUGUGUCUGGGGCCUGAACUGUAGCCACUAGGAACGAGAUGGUUGGGGACAAUUUGUUUUGGUGUUUUGAUGCUGUUCUGGGUGAGAACACUGCUGAAGUGGGUUUUUAAAUAAGUGUGUUUGAAUAAUGAUUCUGUUACCAAUGUGCACACGAAUGGAUCAUCAGCACUGAUGUGCUCUUUGUUCUGGCAAUAACAUCCGGGGUCACCUGUUUAUGAUUAUUGUUUCAGCUAUUGUUUAAAACCUCUCUUCACGCUGCUUUAUAUAUAUAUAUAUAUAAAAAGGGGUCCUUUUGAUUUGUAUAAUGUUUUCUGAAUCUUUGAAGGAAGGAAAAGCAAAAGGAAGAUUGUUUUUGUUUGUAUGCUUGCAAGUGAAGAUGGUAAGCAUUGGAGAGCAGAGCCAGCAGAGGUACUGUGGUGCUCUUCGGGGUGUGCAUUGGAUUCAUGGCUCAACAUAACAUGAAACGAGCCCAGAGGAAUUGUACUUCUGUAGUAAAAGGCAUUGGUGUUAAUCAGACUAUCUGCUGGCUGAGAGGAGAAUGGAGUGAUUUCUUGACCUCUGUGUGCUCUUAUAAUUGGUGAUAUCUUUGCAUGAAGGUUAUUCUCAAUGCUUUUCCCCACCCCCUCUAAACCUCUCGGGAAAAUUGGUGUCCUUGAGUGCUGAAGCUCGUCUCUAAGUUACCCAUGUUUUUUGACAUCUGUCAGUGGUAUAGAAAUGUGCGCAUGCGUGUGGGUGUGUGGGUAUUUGUGUGUGAGGGCAUGAUCGCAUUUUCCUUUUGUGAUAUUGGUGAUCUGUCAUUCAUGCAAUUGGAAAGAAAGCUGGAUGUCCUCUCAACACACUGGGCUCUACGAAACAACACAGCAACUGUUGUGCAGCCUGCUGAAUAGUAAUUACAGCUUAAAUUGGAUCAUUCAGGGUUUCCUUGCAAUUCAGUUGCCCAAAAAAUACAGUGCAACUAUAAUAACCAGCAUUUUAGGGAUUUCUGCCUUGUCAUUUUAUCCAACUAACUCUCAAUUGCUUCAAGUUAAGUAUUACCUGAGGGAAAGCGGCCCCACAAUAUGGUGACUAACGCAGGAAUCAACACAGUGCCCAAUCUUCUGUCUACUCCUACUUCGGCUGAAAGAUGUGCUCAAGGUGAGGCUGCUUUUGCAGCCAGUGGGCAAGGCUGACAAUCACCGGGAGAAGCCACAUUUCCUUUUGUACCAACUUCCAUUACCAAGGAGCAGCAACCAUUGAGUUUCUGAAGCUGUUGUUAAAUCCACAAGCUGACUCUCUACCUUCCCUUUCCAAUAUAAAUUUCCAAAGACACUUUUCCCUUAUUGAAUUGGUUUCCUAUUUUAUUCUCAAAAUGUAUUUGCUAUAAUAUACUAAAAAACAAACUCCAGUGGGCUUGGCUCGUGUCUCAUUAUUUCAGUAGCUGCAUGUAAUCCCCUGUUAACCAUGGUUUAUUCUGAAUCUUCUCCCAGUGGAUCUAUGUGUUUAGCGAUUCAGGGUAAGAGCUGUACAGGCCUAUAUGUGCGACCAGUUAGGCCCUUAUAGCAGGCUCCCCCUUCCACACAGCUAAUGCAGGCAUUGCUCAUCAGCUUUGAACUCAGCCUUAGGGACUCCAACUCUGGAUUUUUUUUCUCUGUUUACUCCUGAAGCCUUCCCCAUGAGUGGGGUUUAGCCACAAGGCAGUGGAGGUUUGAGAUCAGUUUUCCUUCUAGAUGAGCUGCCAACCAUGGCUGAUGAGCCCCAUCUUCUCAAAUCAACUGGUUUUAAGAUGCCAGUAAUCUGCCUUUGCCCCUUCUCCUGUCAGUAGAAAUGGUUCUGCUGGGCUUGGUAGCUAAGUGACACAUGAAGGCAGGUAGCUGGAUUUGGUUGUCAGUGGCUACUUGAGGCACACAUUAUUGGGAGCAUUUAAUAGGUAGUGGGAGCUUAUUCCCACUAUCUCCCCUGGCUAUAACAACCUCAAGGAAGCUGGUUGACCAGUAUAUAAUGAAUAAAACCUCACCCCAGCACUCCUCAUGUGCCACUGCCUCUUAUUACCAAUCCCUCAUUGUGAUUCACCUUCUUUCCAGAGCUCUUCAGCCCAUUUGGUGAAGACAUUUUCAGGAUUUAGACCUUGUCUUUAAGUACAUGAGGGGGGAGAUUGGGUUCUUGAUAUCCAGUAUGAAGUUCCGCGCAUGGGGAUUGUGGAGACAUGAUAGGACAGUGAUUGCACCUUUCUUCUCCAAUCCUGCUCAUCUCAUCUGGUGAGUAAGUGCCUUCCUGAACAACCAGCAGGGAAGAUUUGGGACAUGAUUAUUUCCUGUUUUGGGGGAAGUCUAAGACUCGAGGGCACAGUCUCAGAAUACAAGGACAUCCCUUCAGAACAGGGUUCAGGGGGAAUUUCUUUAGCCACAGUGUGAUGAGUCUGGAAUUCACUGCCACACACCUAUGGACGCCAAGUCAGUGGGUAUAUUUGAAGUGGAGAUUAAUAGGUUCUUGAUUAGUUGAGAGGGAUAAUAAAUCAGCAUUAUGGAAUGGCGGAGCAGACUCAAUGGGCCAGAUAGACAAAUUCAGAACCAAUGUCUUAUGGUCUCAUGUCAGAAAGCCACAAGACAUGUUGGGAAUAGGAAAGUAAGCAAAAUUGUAUUUCUAUUUUUAUGCGAGUGGCCUUAAUUGCGUUGACUUUAAUGUUAUAUCGGCGGUUAACAGGCACAAGCUUUAUUUCCGGUGGCUGAGGACUCUUUGCCUCCAAAAGUUGGGGCUGCAGGCUAGGAAUGCCAUUAGGUACAGAGCCCUUGGACACUGCCUCCGAUUUCCUGAAGUGCACUUGAGAUUCUGAAAUGUCUAACAGAAGAAAUUAUUCUGUUUCAGUUCCUAUUCACAGAUCGGCAGCUUUUUUAAAUAGUAGAACGUGUGCAUAACUUCACUUUUCUCAAUCUUUUCCUCUUCACUCCUGCUAUUGUCCCAACAUUUCAAUUUCCUUCCCCUUCCUUGCUCUUUCCUCCUUUCAUGCUCACUUUCCAGCCACAUUUUCCCCCCUCCUACACACAUUCCUCCCCUUCCCACGUGCACACCAUCUUUUUCUGUUUUAAAUACUAUUCCUGUAUCUCCCUCACGUUAUCAGGCAGUUCCCCAAUGAUGUUUACUGAUUUAUAGUUGCCCUCUAUCUCUCUCUCUCUCUCUCGCUCUCUCUCUCUCUCUCUCUGCAGCCACAACUUGAUCAAAAUUUGUCAAGAAGAAUUGUUUACUUCAGUUUGAUCUCAUUUUGAUUAAACACAUGAUAGUUCUG